CCUGUAUCUGAUCUGUUUUAUGUAGUUUUCCCCAAAUUUUUAUUUUUAUAUUUUGUUAUUCUAUUGUCAUCUCAAAGUAAAUGACAUCUAUAUAUCUAAAAUAUAUGUAUAGGCACACAAAUAAGUUGGCAAACAUGAUCGUCAAGAACGAAGAAGGCGGGAAGUUAAGUUCGGAGAGUCGUCGUUCAAACGCCGCCAUGGGGCCGGAGAUGUUGAGAUUUGAGAAGAAUGCAAACAGAAGGGUGAAAGGGGAGUUUUCCGCGAGAAGACAUUCCACCUCCGAAAGGUAUUGUCGGGUUCACGACCAGAACGAUCAUGUGCCCCUGUCAUUGGAAGAAGGUGUGCAAGGUGAAGAAGAUGAGGAAGAGGAGUCAUGGAGGAGGAAGACAAAUAAUAAAACCAGUCACAGGAAGUUUCUAAAUGUCUGCAAACGUCUUUUGAGAUUUUAGUCUUUCAAUGCGUCUCACAAUAAUGUUUCUAUUUGAUUUUUUUUCAACUUUGUAAGACAUAUUGAUUGUUAUGUUUAUUUGUUUAGUUCUACUUUUUAAGUUAAACAUCAUGAACUUUAAAACUUUAAUUGUAUUACUAUAUAUUACUCCCUUCGUCCGGAAAUAUUCUUCCCAUUUGACUUUUCUUAGUCAAAGUUUGUAAACUUUGACUAAGAUAUGUGGAAAAAAUACAUUGUAUUAGG